GGUGUCCAGCUGCAAUAGCGGCCAAGAAUGCCUAGUAUCGAUAUCUGGUCGGAGUUGACGACGAUAAUCGUCGGCCAAGGCCUUGAGUUACAACAAGUAUGAUCCGAGAGGGGGUUGCAGAAAACGGAUGCCGGUUCUAGACAGCGAUAUGACACUGUCCUCAUGGCAAUCGAUUAUUGCCUCGCGGACAGACAUUGCCCCGAGACCAAAUGCAGAUGAAUAGAUAUAAAGCCCCUCGUUAAACCCGUCCAUUGAUCUCAAUCAUCAUCAGCUCAUUUCCUUUUCUUCCUCAUCACAUCUUGACUAUCUCUAAUAACAAUGAAAGUAGCUGAUACCCCUGACUCCGCAUCCACCAUCAGCAUGACGAACACAAUCACCAUCACUGUCGAGCAGGACGGCUACUACGAUAUCAACGGCUCGCGGCAGGAGCCUAUUGUCAAUCUCCAGCUGGUGACGGGCGCGUCCAAGCUGCGCAGGCAAUUAAAAGAAACCAACGAAUUGAUUAUUUGCCCUGGUGUAUACGAUGGAUUGUCCGCCCGAAUUGCAAUGAAUCUUGGCUUCAAAGCCAUGUACAUGACCGGAGCCGGCACUACUGCCUCCCGGCUCGGACAGGCAGAUCUGGGUCUGGCCCAUCUGUACGAGAUGCGAACCAACGCCGAGAUGAUAGCCAAUCUGGAUCCUUACGGGCCCCCACUCAUUGCUGAUAUGGAUACCGGAUACGGAGGCCCCCUCUUCGUCGCCAAGUCGGUGCAGCAGUACAUCCAGGCCGGUGUCGCCGGCUUCCACAUUGAGGACCAGAUCGCCAACAAGCGCUGCGGCCAUCUGGCCGGCAAGCGCGUCGUCUCUCAGGAGGAGUGGCUGACACGCCUGCGGGCGGCGAAGAUCACCAAGGACCGGCUGCGCUCGGACAUCGUGCUCAUCGCGCGCACGGACGCCCUGCAGCAGCACGGCUACGACGAGUGCAUCAAGCGCCUGAAAGCCGCGCGCGACCUGGGCUGCGACGUCGGCCUGCUCGAGGGGUUCACCUCCAAGGAGAUGGCCCGCCAGGCGGUCAAGGACCUGGCCCCCUGGCCCCUGCUGCUGAACAUGGUCGAGAACGGCGCCGGGCCCGUCAUCUCCACCGAGGAGGCCAAAGAGAUGGGCUUCCGCAUCAUGAUCUUCUCCUUCUGCUGCAUCACCCCGGCCUACAUGGGCAUCAAGGCGGCGCUAGAGCGGUUGAAGAAGGACGGCGUCGUGGGCUUGCCCGAGGGGAUGGGCCCCAAGAAGUUGUUCGAGGUUUGUGGACUGAUGGAUGCGAUGCGGAUUGAUACCGAGGCUGGUGGUGACGGGUUCUCCAAUGGUGUCUAGACUUGGUUUUUCUUUUUUUUCCUUUUUCCUUUUGUCUCUAGCAUAUUGCUUUUCCGGUGUUGUUUUCUUUCCCUACCCCGUCCCCGUCUAUAUCCCCCUCUG